AUGCCUGCUGGUGUAUCGUGGGGCCAAUACAUAAAGUUUAUGUCGUGUGCUUUACUCUCUAUGAUGGCCGGCUCACAAUUGGUCCAUAUGUACUAUAAACCUCUUAAAGAUUUAGAUUCAUAUAUUGAGCAAGAAAUGAAACAAGCCAAAAAAACUUAACCGCCGUUUUACAAUAUGUAUUCUAAUACUUUUCUUCAUUAAAUGGGACAUUUUUAAAUUAAUUAUUUUUCGAAUUUUUCUAGACGUUAAAAUUAAUUUAGGGCCUCAUUUUAUAAAACGAAGCGUUCAGAAACGCAAGCAAUUUGUAUGAAGAAUACUGGGAAAAAGAGUUUAACUUUAGUAUUUUCCAUAGAAAUUUAUUUUAACGUUUGUCAUUUCGUUUUAUAAAACUAGACCCUUAAUUAUAUUAUUUAAUUUUUUUAUUUUGAACCCAUUUAAUAACCCGGUAACUACUUUAGACAAGCCGUCUAUUAUUUGCGUCAAUUCUUUUAGAUACAAUAAUUUAUUUAAAACCAAAGUUAAAUUAAGACAAGGUGCAAUGGAUACAUCACAUUAUAUUGCGUUAAAUAUCUGUUUUUUAUUAUAAAAAUAAAUAUGGUUAGAAAUUUCGUUGCCUUAUUUUAGUAUGUAACAUUAAAGUUUCGUUUGCAUAUACAUAUUUUGUUAAUGGUAGCUGAAAUAAAUAAUAAGUUUUGAGGCAAUGGCUAGCAUAUAUGUAAUUGAAAAGUUUUAAAGUUAUAAUUUUAAAUAAUAAAAGAACGAAAAUAUA